GGUCCUCCAGGAUCUCAGCCUUCCCCUCACACACAGCCCCCACCACACAACCCCAGCAAUCCCAUGAUGGGACCCCACGGACAGCCAUUCAUGUCUCCACGGUACCCAGGUGGCCCCAGACCCUCCCUCCGAAUGCCAAACCAGCCUCCAGGGAGCAUCCCAGGUUCUCAGCCCCUCCUUCCAAACAGCCUGGACCCCACUAGACCUCAAGGACAUCCAAACAUGGGAGGCCCAAUGAGAAUGAACCCCCCGCGAGGAAUGGGAGGCAUGGGCCCACAGAACUACGGCGGAGGGAUGAGGCCUCCUCCAAACUCCAUGGGACCGGGGAUGCCAGGGAUGAACAUGGGUCCUGGUGGAAGAGGUCCAUGGCCGAACCCCAACAAUAAUUCAAUAGCUUAUUCAUCCUCAUCUCCAGGAAACUAUGUGGGCCCUCCAGGGGGAGGCGGACCACCAGGAACUCCAAUCAUGCCCAGUCCUGGAGAUUCCACAAAUUCAAGCGAAAACAUCUACACAAUGAUGAACCCCAUUGGCCCAGGUGGAAACAGACCGAACUUCCCAAUGGGACCGGGACCAGAUGGACCCAUGGGUGGAAUGGGAGCGAUGGAGCAGCAUCAUAUGAACGGAUCACUAGGCUCUGGUGACAUGGAUGGGUUGCCAAAGAAUUCGCCCAACAAUAUGGCAGGCAUGAACAAUCCUCCCGGCACUCCGCGGGAUGACGGCGAGAUGGCAGGCAACUUUUUAAACCCAUUCCAAAGUGAAAGUUAUUCACCCAACAUGACGAUGAGUGUGUGAUUUUUUUUUUUUUUAAUCUUUCAUUUUACCUCUUCGUCUCCCUUUUAUCUGAAUCCCUUCCUCCCUGACCACCAUGGUGUGUGUUGCGUUCCCCUCUUCCUCCUCCUCUUCCUUCCUUCCUUCCCUUCCUCCUCGUCCUACUCUACGUGGAUGGCGUGUGGUGCCACACAGCCCCUGGGGAUUCCCCUGGAAAGCAGGACUUCCCUUCGGGCCCCACAUCCCACUGCCUGUAAAAUGGGUGUGAGAGCGUGAAAGGGCCUCCAAGCAGCAGGAAGGACCUUCUCUGCUCCUCUGCUCCCUCAAGAGCCUGCCGCUCCUUCAGCAAGAACCUCCUCGUGUAGGGCCCCCCCCCAGGAUGGCGACCUUCAUUUAGCUCGUUACUACGGCGGACUUAGCAGCUGUCGACUCACGUGGGACUUUUCAAAAAAAAACUCUCCUCCUGUGGCAGACAUUUCAAAGCGAUGGACUGAUAAUGUUAUUUUAGGACAAUUUUCAUUUUAAUAUUUGUUUUGUUUUUGUGGGUGAUAAUGAUCUAAUUUUAAUAGUUGCUAUUAUCCAGCUAAUGUUGGUAUGGUUUUCCUGUUAAAAAACAAACAAAAAAAAGACACAUUGUGUCUCAGCAGAAGCACCAAUGACGACAGAAGAAGCACAUACCUGAGAAAUGCACAAGGAUUUUCUGUUUACAUGUUUGGAGGUUGUUGUUUUUUUUGUUUGUGCUUUUUUCGUCUCAUUGCGCGGCUCUCCAUGAAACUGCAUUUCAAGGUACAGUUUGCCUCCUCCCGGAUGUUCUUGUUGUCGUCUGGUGGGGAUGUGGACAAGGGAAGAGGGAUACAUCGUCUGGGGGUGCGUUGUCUGCUGACACACAUGGACAUCAGGUGUUAUCUGCCUUGUCUUAAUAAAAAAAAAAACACACCCCUAAAAUAACUGUUUGACCUGCUGGGGAGCAGCUCAGCUGGGACACACUGACAGGAACUGUUUCAGGUAACUCCGUAACAAAGCUGGAUGGCAGUUUGGGAAUCCCAGAUUUCUUCUUGUAUGUAAAGAAAAAAAAAACAGGUUUGGCUUGUGUGGUGCUUGUUUUCUUGUUUUUAUUUUUUUGUCAGUUGUAAGUGAAUCCUUAAACCUGGUUAGUUUCUCUCUCUCUCUCUCUCUUUUCUGGACUCCUGCGUGGCUACGUUCCCAUCGAGCAUUGACUCUCAAGAUCUGGACAGGGUUUCAUUUUUUUUUUGACUUGUGGAUCACUUUGAACUCUUGUAAUCCGCUCACAAAGCCCGUCUUGCUCUAAAUUGGCUGGUAUAGGAUUCUCAGGGUAUGAUAAUGGAAAAAAUCCUGCAGUGUCACAGUGUCGACACCAGCGAAAUUAAAACCAGAACAGCGAUCUAAAUAUGCUCUUAUGAAAGGCAACAGUUAUUCCAACUGCUGCUAAAAUGUAACCUGUUAAUUAUUACCCUUAUUUAAACGUCAUCUGUGGCAUUAUAUAGUGUUUUUUUUAUUUGAUUUAUUGAUUAAACAUGUUAAUAACCUGGAAUCUUGUUAAAAAGACCAUAGAGGCAGUAAUAAUAUUAUUGUAUCUUGGCAUUUCUUUUCUAUUUUAACGUUUAACAACAUCUGGCCUGCGCCAGUCAUAGUCACAGGAUCCCCCUUUAGACGAUGCAGAUGAACUUUGUGAUGAUGGACUCGCUCAGAUCAGGCGAUGCACCUUGAAUUUUGCAGAUCCUGCAGCCACACUAGUCUAAAGAAGAGGAACAAUUGUAGGAAACUCCGAAAAUUGUUAUAUUUCUUUUCACUGGACUGCUUUCCUUUUUUUUUUUUUUAUGUAUGUAUGUGUCUGAAACUGCAGCAAAUCUAAUCUUCACACAUGGCUACAUAUCAAACUAUCGAAGGGUUUUCCAGUAUGUCCUGUACUCUGCCUUAUCACUUGCUGCUCUGACCCAGAUCUCUGUACAGCGUUCACGUCGACAGACAAUAAGCAAACAACAGGUGGAGGCUCUGUGGGAGUCGAUGACGUAGUUAUGCAUUUCCUGAUAUCAGUGUAAACAGGGAUAUCUCCAGGAUUUGGCAAUCAGUGGCCUGGGAAUUAGCCUCUCCUUCCUUGGACUUAGUGGCACACCUUUCUUUUCUCUAUCCUCCCACCCCAACCCCUCCCCCACUUUUCAUUUUCUUUAUUAUUAUGUUGUUGUUUUUUUGUAAAUACUGUAAAAUGCAUUUUGAUAUCAUUGACAUGUUUUUGAAAUGUCAGUCACUACCAAUGAAUACAGUUGAAAGUAAAUUAUAAAUAAAAACUGUUCAUGUUUUUUUCACAGAGAAAAAAGAUGCGCUAAUCUAACCAUUUGGCUCACGGGGCUAAAAUUUAUAAGAUACUGUAAAGUGGCUGAAUGUGUAAAUGACGGCAACGCGGUGAAGGGAUAGAGGGUUGGACGGGAUAGAAAGAGGACAGGACGGAGAGAUGCAAAACGAGCCGCGGCGUCCUCGCUCCGCCCCUUUACUCCUUUUUUUUUUUUAUUUCAGUCUGUUGGCUUUGAAAUAGAAAAAUCCUGUGACUAAGUUUUGUAAAAGGGCAUCUUUUCACAAAAACAUGCAACGUCAUGUCGCAGUUUUUGAUAUGAAGGAUUUUUAUCAGUUCAAGAACACUUUUAAGCUGGAAAAAAAAAAAAGAAAUCUAUAAAUUAAAAGUACAACAAAAUCAGAAAUAUGGGGGAAAACUGUGUUCUUUGCUAUCCACUCCUGUGAUAGCACUGUAUAGUUGAAAGCUCUCUCACUGAUCCUCUCUCCGUCCUCUGUGUAUAUUGAUCGUUGGCCAUCUCUGUACUUCUAUUGUGAUGUAUAAUACUGUACCAUUAGGAAGAUUUGCUGGUCGGGUGGGCUGGUUGUUUUACUCGGGGGCGGGUUGGGCUUGAACCGUUCAUGGUCCUCUCAGAUGAUGCGGCAGUAUUCAAUAUGAAGCAGUCUGUCUCUUGGGUUUGCUUUGUAUUUCAUGGUAGGAUAGUUGAGAAUCUUGUCUUAGGGAGUUAGGUGUCUUGUGUAGGUAAUAAAGAUGUUCUUUGUAUGUUUCUUUAUAUUGUAAAGUUUCUUUAGACUGAAAGAAAAACAGAUAAUUUGCUUAUAAAAAAGAGAAACAAUGCAUCAAUAAUAAAUGUCAUUUGAUUUUUU